AUGGAGAGAGAAAAAAGAAAGCUUAGAGCAGAAGAAGAAGAUAUAGAAAUAAGAAGACAACUUGAGAUAGAGGAGGCUUUAAACAAAAUAAGCUUGUCUCCACCACAUACAAACCAUGUUAUCUACGAUCACCUGAACCUUCGAACAAUUUACAGAAUUUUAGCAAGUCAGUACGACCCUAUUGGGUUUCUUGGCCCCUACAUUGCUCGAGCAAAGGUCAUUGUACAAGACUUGUGGAAAGUCAGUAGAGACUGGGACACCACGAUAGAGGAUGGAGCUAUAAGACGAAGAUGGAUUAAAUGGGAAGAAGAACUUGAAGACCUACCCUUAGUAUCUUUACCACGGUGUUACACACCAAGCAAUACCAGACUGCUAGAAUCCAGUCGACAACUGCACAUUUUCUGUGACGCAUCUGAGCGGAUCUAUGGCUCGGUAGCCUACCUGCGCACUGUUGAUGAAAACUCUACCUAUGUCAGUUUUGUAAUGGCCAGAUGUAGGGUGGCCCCGAAACGUCAACUAUCCAUGCCCAGAUUAGAGCUGUCCGCAGCUUUAACAGGAGCUCAACUUUCUGACCUUAUUAGGAAAGAGCUAACGAUCCCGAUCACUGCAACAUAUUACUGGAGUGACUCUACCACAGUUCUGCGGUGGCUGCAAUCAGAAUCUUGUAGGUUUAAAGUAUUUGUUGGAACAAGAGUAAGUGAAAUCCAGCAGUUAACGCAUGAUUGCGAAUGGCGCUAUAUCAACACCACACUCAACCCUGCAGAUGACAUAACUCGUGGAAUGUCACUCAAGGACCUAUCAAUUGAUGGAAGAUGGAGAGAUGGACCUGCCUUCCUUAAACAACCUUGCAGUGAAUGGCCUCAAGAAACAGCUCCAGAGAAGAAGGAGGAAGUGGCAGAGAUAAGAGGUGGUGUGUUCUGUGGAGUCACCCAGGUACAAACUGAGCUUCAACCCGAAAGUUUCAGCCAGCUUGACGACCUUAUUAAGGCCACCAGAGAGAGCCUCGAUGGGGCGGCCCACUUGACUGAAAGCAUUGCGCAUAUCCUCUGGAAAAGGGUGCAAAUCGAGUGUUUCAGAGACGAAGUAACAACCCUUAAAGCUGGGAAACCCCUUCCUACAAGUAGCAGAUUAACACAGUUAGAUCCAUUUUACAACACGACCACUGGACUGAUAAGUGUGGGAGGAAGAUUGAGGGAAGCUGAACUCCUGCCCGAACAAACAAAACAUGCCAUAAUACUGGACCCUAAACACAGCAUAACCAAACUGCUCAUCAAAAGCUAUGAUCAAAGGUUAUAUCACCCUGGACCAGAAAGGGUGUUGGCCGAAAUACGUCGCAAGUUUUGGAUUCUCAGAGGACGAGAGGCCAUUCGUGGUCAACAACGGCAAUGUGCACAUUGUCAGAAGUGGCGUGGUAAUCCAAAAAUCCCAAAGAUAAGUGACCUACCCCAAUCCCGUCUUAGGCUUUUCAAACCGGCAUUCUAUUCAACCGGAGUAGAUUGUUUUGGUCCUAUGAUAGUAAAGAUAGGAAGAAAGAGUGAGAAAAGGUGGGACAUCAUAUAUAAAUGUAUGACAACUCGUUCAAUACACUUGGAUCUACUAGAAAGUAUGGACGUAGAUUCCUUCUUGAUGUCACUGCGCCGUUUUGUAGCCCGAAGGGGGAAACCAUAUGAAAUCCUCUCCGACUGUGGCACUAAUUUCAAAGGAGGAGAUAAGGAGCUCAAGCAGGCAUUCCAUGCUAUGAGUACAGAAUUACAGAUACAACUUGCAGACCAAAGAGUGUGUUUCAAGUUCAACCCACCAUUAGCCCCCCACUUUGGGGGUACAUGGGAGAGAGAGAUUAAGAGUGUCAAAAAUGCUCUCCGUGUUGCUCUGGGAGCUCAGAGCGUAACCGAAGCAGUACUGCGGACAGUAUUGAUUGAGGUGGAAGGGAUCUUGAAUUCCAAACCAUUAGGUUAUGUGUCAUCGGACACCAGAGAUGUGAAUCCUAUCACCCCGAACAUCCUACUCAUGGGUAGAUACGAUCCAGUAUUAUUACAGGUCAUCUAUCCAGAGACUGAAUUGCUUGGACGUAAGAGAUGGCGCCAUAGCCAGGUGUUGUCCGAUCAUUUUUGGAAACACUUCAUAACUUAUUACCUACCCGGUCUUCAGACUAGACAGAAGUGGUAUAAAGAAUCAAAAAACUUAACAGUUGGCGAUGUUGUGCUUAUUGUAGAUAAGCUAUUACUUCGAGCACAAUGGCUCGUUGGAUCGGUGACAAAAGUGUUCCCUGGCCGGGACAGCAGAGUAAGAGCAGUUGAUGUUUGUGUCCGUGGCACGAUGUACCGACGACCGGUGGCAAAGCUUAUCAAGUUGCCGGAAGAAAAGGAUGAACCAGUGAUCGCUGAAUAG